AUGCCGGUCCUCACAGCAGGAGCGGGGCUACAUGAAACGUUGGCCCUGCUGACCUCUCAGCUACGGCCCGAUGCCAAUCACAAAGAGGACAUGGUCUUCCUCAAAGAUGUCUUCAGUGAGCGGAGUUUGGGAUAUCUAAUGAAGAUUCAUGAGAAGUUGAGACAGUAUGAGAGACAGAGUCCAACACCCGUCCUCAACAGUGCUUCUUCUCUGGCAGAGGAUGUAAGUUCAUCACACGCUUGGCAGGUGGCAGAGGAGCUGCAGAGCGGACCAAUGAGCACCGAGGAGAAGGAGCUGCUGCACCUGCUGACGUCACCACAUCUCAAGGCAGUUCUCUCGGUGCAUGACACCGUGGCACAGAAGAACUUUGAUCCUGUGCUGCCGCCGCUGCCUGAUGACUUUGAGGAUGAGCUGGAUGAAGAGUCGGUGAAGAUUGUCAGGCUAGUGAAGAACAAGGAGCCUCUGGGAGCCACCAUCAGGCGGGAUGAAGCCACUGGGAUGGUGAUCGUGGCUCGAAUAAUGAGAGGAGGUGCAGCUGACCGAAGCGGUUUGGUCCAUGUGGGAGAUGAACUCAGGGAGGUCAAUGGAGUCUCUGUGAUCAACAAGAGGCCUGAUGAAAUCAGUCAGCUGCUGUCCCAGUCCCAGGGCUCCAUCACUCUAAAGAUAAUCCCUGCCAUUAAAGAAGAGGACCGACUGAAGGACAGCAAGGUGUACAUGAGAGCCUUGUUUGACUACAUCCCAUUGGAAGACAAAGCGACGCCUUGCCAAGAAGCAGGACUUCCCUUCAAGCGGGGAGAUAUCCUGCAGGUUGUGACCCAAGACGACCACACGUGGUGGCAGGCCAAGCGUGUGGGAGACAGCAACCUGCGGGCCGGACUCAUCCCAUCCAAACUGUUCCAGGAGAGGCGACUGGCCUACAGGAUGAAAAUGGGCACACUUCCGAAUCCAAAAUCCCCUAAAAAGCCCGCCUAUGACCAAGGAUGUGAUAAAGAGGACUGUGACUGUGAGGGCUAUUUCAAUGGACAGUACAUAGCUGGUCUAAGGAGGAGUUUCCGGCUGAGUCGCAAAGACAGGCAAGGAUCCUCCGGAGAGGGUUCUGAUCUUGGGGACAGCGACUUUCUGACUUAUGAAGAGGUGACCCGGUACCAGCAGAGGCCCAAUGAAAGGCCCCGUCUGGUGGUCCUGAUUGGAUCUCUGGGAGCACGAAUCAAUGAACUUAAACAGCGGGUGAUCGCUGAAAACCCAAAUCGUUUUGCAGUGGCUGUACCACAUACCACCAGGCCAAAGAAACCUCAUGAGAAGGAGGGUGUGGAGUACCACUUUGUUACCAAACAGCAAUUUGAUGCCGAUGCUUUAAACAACAAGUUCAUAGAGCACGGGGAAUACAAGGAAAACCAGUAUGGCACAAGUAUAGAGGCUAUCCGCUCUGUACAGGCCAAGAAUAAGAUGUGUGUAGUGGAUGUGCAGCCUGAGGCCCUGAAGAGGCUGCGGACAGCAGAGUUCAAGCCCUAUGUAAUAUUUGUCAAACCUCGAGUUCCUGAGAGCAGACGUCGUCGCAGUGCUGCAACUUCGCCAGGAGGGGGAGAGCAUGGCCGCAAUACAGACGAAGACCUCCAAGAGAUGCGUCAGUCUGCGACUCAGAUUGAUCAGCAGUAUGGACAUCUGGUGGACCGGGUCUUGAUCAAGGAGGACUCAGCCAGUGCCUGUGCAGAACUUCGAGGUAUCUUGGAAAGGCUGGAGCGAGAAUCCUUCUGGGUACCUCUUUGCUGGGUGCGGACCUAAACAUCCCCUGCUCCAUCUUCUAGAAGAACUUCACCGCCAACCCACCCAAAUCCUGCACCGGUCCAUUCCUGCCCCCUCCCCCCCAGAGCCGGUAAGACAGCAAUGAACUAAGGCACCAAUGGGAGAGGAUGGUGUCAGAGGAAUACCUCGUUGUCUGGAGUGUCUGGAGCCGACAAAACAGUCUUACUGACACUUCAAGUCAUAUUUAUUCAGGUUUGGUUUAAUUUAUUUAUUGACUUCAAAAACAAGGGACAGAUGCAAAUUUGUAGUUAAAGAAGUGUUUUAUUUCUCACACUGUCACUCUUCCUAGCUGCAUCGUUCAUGAGAGUGUGGCAGGUUUGGGAUCCGACUCAGAGGAUUGCUGUCAGUCAGUUAUAUUGUGACUCUUGUUGGAGUACCUUUAGUACCAUGUUUUUUUUAGGUUUACAGUUUUAUUCAACUCAAAUUCAAUCACAGAAUGCUUCCUGUUAAUUUGUACUGCUCAUGCAUCCUGUACUAUUUUAGAACCAAUCAUACAUUUAGCAGAACAGGAGAAAUUGAUAUAUAAAGUUAAGUGAAUGCGAUUUGAAACAGUUUUUUUUUGUUGCUAAAUCUUAUUUUCACGUAUGGAAAGAAACUAAAUGAUAUCCAAAUGGAAUGUGAGAAUUUUAUUUUGUACAAAACUGUUUGUUUUUAGGAAACGCAUGAAAACUGAUCAUUUAAUCUCAGAUGUAAAUAUUGUAAAUGUUAACUCCUCAUGUGCCAACGAAAGAUCUCGUAGCACUUCAAUGCAACCUGUUUACCUUUGAUCCCUGGGAACCCACAUCUGUUUGUGUGUAGAAUAAUGCCGUGCACAAAGUAUGUGUGGAUGAAUGUCACAGUGUAUGUUCAAAUGCAACAACCUGAGAUGUUCCUUUAUGUACAGGAAUGGGUUUCGUACAGUUUCCUUGCACAUAUCUGUAUUUCUGACUACAGAAGAAGAGGCGGAUACUAGAUGUUUUCUUUGAUAAUCAGGGUUUUACUUUAUUGUUGUCAGAAACGGUGUGGAGGUGGGAGACGUGAUAUCCACAGAUGUCAAAUUAAAGUUCAAAGAAAAUUUGAGAAAAUUAGUCAAUCUAUCAGCUAAUAUUUUGUGAUUAAGUAAAAUUUUAAUUUAUUUAUCAAGCAAUAUUGACAAACAUUCCCUCUUUACUUUUCAAUUGCAAAGAUUUCUACUUCUGUGUUGGUAAACUGAAUGUCUUCUAGUCUUUAACACACAGAGAUAUUAUUACAGAGGCCAAUACUGGCAUUUGGGAAUUAUUUCAAGAUAGACUUGAAAGAAUUUGGUUCACAUUUUGAAGUUUGGAUAAAUUAUCACUUCUAUACUGACAUUUUGUUGUGUGUGGUUAAAAUGAAGAAGCUUCCAAAUCCCUUUUAAACAUGCAUUUUAAAUAUGGAUCUCUUCAUGUUCUGUAUGAACCCAGAAUGUUCAGUUUGUAAUGUGACCUGUACAAAGUGCCAUAAUAAAAACUA